AUGGCCGGGUACACGAGGAAAGGCCUGGGACCAAAGCAUCCAAUGGUCACCGUACGAACUCCAGAAGAUGGUAACGUUAGCGCGUUUUCUACAUUAGCGCGUUUUCUCAGCAAUAUCUGAUUUAACUUUUUUCUUUUUUUCUUUAUAACUUUAUUGGGAAUAUUAACAAUAACAUUAAAUAAUUGCCCAAAAGGAAAAGUGCGAACGAGUGAAAAAACCCAUGCAAGGCACUCCCCUUAUAAACUUUACAAUUAUAUUUACAUUACACUAUAAAUUAUAGUUGAGGUAAAGCUCGAUUUGCGCAUACUCACAAACUGAUCUCUCAAAUACGUAAAAGGCAGGUUUUGGAAAGGUUGUAUAGAAAAUAAAGCUAACUUGGUUUUUGCUGUGUUGGUGUAAUGUACUCAGGUGAAUAAGAUGCUUAUGUGAUGUUACUCUGAGUGUAUAUCCACACCGGGCAGGCUUGAAAAACAUGCCUGGCCACGGUGGGAUUCGAACCUUCGACCUUUGGAAGCCCAAUGCUCUGCCAACUGAGCUACGCGGUCAGAAACAUUCGCUUUGUUUUUUAGUCCCAGACAUGAUAAACCUCAACGCAAGAGUUCAAAAUGUUGAUUUACAAUCCGUGCUGGUCGAGUGGGAUCUUCUACCAAGAUAUUACUGGAACGGCCCUGAACCAAGCUAUGUUGUUUUAUUUCAAGAUAUUGCACGUGACAUAAACAUCAGUGUCCAGAUCCCGCCAGGGGCAGUCCAACUUAAUUAUACGCAACUGAAACAUUUUACAAACUAUAGUGUUUCAUUAAUGGCGCUGAACCGUGUUGGAGCCAGUUCACCUACUGAGGCUGGUGUCAUCAAAACCUUGGAACAUGGUGAGUUUUGAGUUGCUUGUAUGAAGGCAAGCUGCUGGUUACCGAAAUGCGGCGUUUGUUAGAAUUUCCUGUUAAAUUCCAUCCUAAUUUUGUUGUAUGUUUGCAUGGGAUAAAUAUAAUGCGCACUUGGAAAACCAGCUGAAUGCCGUUCUUUCAACUUAAGCUGCUGCUCCUAAUCUGUCCUAUAUUAUAUAAUUAUGUAAAAAGUGCUGUAGUCCUUGUCUUCAAUUUAUGUCUACUUGGCUUAUGUCAGGUUGGUCCUCAUAUCAUGUCCUGUUGACUCUGCCUUCAACCAUAUUUAGACUAAGUGUUGCUCAGUUUUUUCAAAACGUUUAUUUGUAAUAAUUUCAUAGUACUUUUGUAUGGUUGUAAAGUUAAUAUACGCAGCAGAUAAAUAAAUAAAUAAAUAAUUAUUUGUUUUCUCCAGUGCCAGCCGUAUAUCCAUCCAAUUUUUCUGUCACCGCACUCAACACCAGUGCCCUGACCGUGUCAUGGAGCCACAUCGAUGAAGACUUAUGGCAAGGCGUUCCACUGGGGUACGUGAUCUAUUGUAACCAUAGCAACGACCAACGUAAUUUCAGUGUGAUGUUAUCGAGCGAGGAGAUUAUGAUAACCAAUCUAACCGUAUUUGCAUUCUAUGACUUGACCAUGGCCGGGUACACUAGAAAAGGACUCGGACCGAAAUAUCCAAUGGUCACCGUUCGAACGCACGAAGAAGGUAACGUUCGCACUUUUCUACGUUAGCACGUUUUCUAUGUUAGCACGUUCUCUCUGCACCAACGAUUCACGCUCGCUUUGGUUGAACAUUAGAUUUAUCUCAUGUCUGGCUUCAAUUUGGUCACAGCUAUCCCGACCUGGGCUACAGGCACUCUGGUAGGAAUUGAACCUGCGAUAACGAUGCAGUGCUUUUAACCAACUGAGCUACGGAGUGGUUAGAGGAACUUAGAGCGCUGCACAGGAAUCGUAGGGCUCAGGUUGGAUUAACACUCGAAGUUUCCAAUCUCCAAAGUACAGAUCGGAACACUUAGUGAAACGAAUCUAUAUUUUGCCUUUUUCUUUUCAGUCCCUCGUAUUCCCCCAAUCAACCUCCGACUCCAUGAUGAGCCGACCAACGAUAUCCCUAGUAAUACCAGCACCACACCUUCAAUCCUCGCAUCGUACUCGACAACCCUUGAGUGGGAUCCAGUCCCCGCCGACGAAGUACGCGGUAUUAUCCGAGGCUAUACUGUCACCUACCAGCCUGUUGAAGUCUACUACAUAACGCGGGCUCGAAGGUCCGUAGCAGAUCUUACGCAUGUGGUGAACACGAGCUCAACCAGUGUCGAACUUGAUGAUCUGUUGUUUUAUACAAACUACAGUGCGCAUGUGCAAGCUUAUACUGUUGAUAAUGGAGUGCCUAGUUCAGAGUUUCAUUUCAUGACACCCGAGGGAGGUAAGGUGCAUGCACAUUUUUCAUUUGAGAUUGUCAUCCUGGUGUAUGGAAUUACAUAGACAGACAGAUAUAGCAGUGGCGAAGGUAGCCAUGGCAACUGGUCAUAAGGCUAAUUAACCCGCAUCUAAAUAGGGCAAAUACAAUACAUUUCUAAAGGCAUGACCUGUUGCUAUGACUAGCUUCACCAUUGAGCUAGACAUGUCGCCAUGAUUUACGCGAGAAACGGCUCAUCCGUCAAGACACAUCAUCCGUCUAAUGCAUCAUUCUUUUACAGUGCGAACGAACUAUCCUGACAAACUAGAGCUAAAAUAGGAUAUCAAUUUCUUAACUAUGUUUAUCCUAAUUCACCCUGUCAACUUCCCCUGUGGGAGAAAACCGGAAUGCGCGGAGAAAACCGGAAUGCGCGGAGAAAACCGGAAUGCGCGGAGAAAACCCACGACGUUCGGUAGAGCGUUGAAAGGCUCUCUCCAUAGCGAGAAUCGAAGCCACGAUCUCAGUGGUGAAAGGCGCUUGCUCUGCGUCAUUGUAGCCCCUGAUCCAGUGUUACUACAGAGAGAAUCUUCAACUGCAAGCACUCUUCUGACAUGCAACUGAGGUGGGAUUCUAGUAAGAAGGUAUUGCGUCAUUGUAGCCCCUGAUCCAGUGUUACUACAGAGAGAAUCUUCUUGAGGUGGGAUUCUAGUAAGAAGGUAUUGCGCCAUUGAAGCCCCUGAUCCAGUGUUACUACAGGGAGAAUCUUCUAACUGCAAACAUUCUUCUGACAUGCAACUUGAAGUGAGAUUCUAGUAAGAAAGUUUUGCGCCAUUGAAGCCCCUGAUUCAGUGUUACUACAGGGAGAAUCUUCCAGUUUACAACUGCAAGCAUUGAGGUGAGAUUCUUGUAAGAAGGUAUUGCGUCAUUGAAGCCCCUGAUCCAGUGUUACUACAGGGAGAAUCUUCAACUGCAAACAUUCUUUUGACAUGCAACUGAAGUGAGAUUCUAGUAAGAAAGUUUUGCGCCAUUGAAGCCCCAGAUCCAGUGUUACUAUAGGGAGAAUCUUCAACUGCAAACAUUCUUUUGACAUGCAACUGAGGUGAGAUUCUUGUAAGAAGGUAUUGCGUCAUUGAAGCCCCUGAUCCAGUGUUACUACAGGGAGAAUCUUCAACUGCAAGCACUCUUCUGACAUGCAACUGAGGUGGGAUUCUAGUAAGAAGGUAUUGCGUCAUUGUAGCCCCUGAUCCAGUGUUACUACAGGGAGAAUCUUCAACUGCAAGCACUCUUCUGACAUGCAACUGAGAUUCUAUGCCACCAACAUAUCUUUCUUAUAAUUCUCACAGUUCCCGGUGCAGGCCCUAAAAAUCUUCACGCUAAUAACGAUGGUUGGAAAUCAAAGUUAUUUGUGAAAUGGGACAGUGUAGUAGUUGAUGCAAGGAAUGGUAUUUUACUGGGUUAUAAUGUCUACCACCUGGAAUCGUCAGUCUCGGGUACCACAAAGAACGCAUCUGUGACGGUGACCUAUAUAGUACUCACUGGACUAGAGACGUAUACAUCUUACGAUAUCCGUGUUUGUGGAUUUACUGCUGUUGGUGAAGGUGUUUGUAGUGAAGUGACAGCAAUGACACGCUCGCAUGGUAAGUCUUCAUUUCAUUUUUAUUUUAUAUUUUAUUGAGGGAAGGUAAAAUAUCUUUACAAAUAGUAUUCUUCCGGAUGGUUUAUCCAGGAUCCGUCAGUUUUAAACUGCUCUUCCUCCCUUAUUGAUCCAGUGUUCCUGUAGGAGGAAACCUAAAUUAAACUUUAUUUAUACUGGAUAGCUCAAUCAGUUUUAGGAAACCUAAAUUAAACUUUAUUUAUACUGGAUAGUUCUAUCAGUUUUAAACUUUUUUCUGGAGAAUGUUGUAAGAAUCUUCCAUUGGUUAUCCAGUGUUCCUAUAGGAGGAAACCUAAACUAAACUAACUUUAUUUAUACUUACAAUGAAUUCUGUAUUUCAGACAUGGCACCUCACACCGCUCCUUGGAAUGCCACAACCGUUCUCACCAGUCCUGUCUCGAUAUCUCUUCUCUGGGAACCAUUCCCAGAUUCUCUUUGGUUGGACUACCCACGUGGUUACCGCAUUACAUUCCAAAGGGUGGCAUUGGGUGGAAUUAGGACUUCCGGUGAUGACGUCACAGUUGCGCGAGUUGACUACAAGACUAGAAGCUACUCGUGGAUCAAUCUUCAGUAUUACACCAAGUACAAGAUCGAUAUAUCGACUAUAACCUACCGCGGCUAUGGGCCAAAGGUGGUUGUUUAUGCAGGUAAAAACCAGAGUUCUUUUACCGUUCUGUUUAAACUGUUAAAGAGUCAAUUUUAUUUUAUUUUAUUUGGAUGGAACCUCAGAAGGGGCAUGGACACUGUGACACCAACACCUCAGUUUACUAGAUCUAUUGAAAGGGUUUGACAUUUUAUGCAGCUUUAAUUGAAUUGUUUACCUUCAGAGACGUGCGAUUGUCCUACGGUAAUGGCAAGCACAUAUCAACUUCUCCCGCCUUACGUCAUGAAAACCUCGGAUGGAAAACCCGGCGGCAUCCUGCCUCAGAUGAUCCAGCGUAUGACGUCAUCGUGCUGUGGCACAUGUUCUGGCACUGUCGUGGACUUCGAUCAAGAUGGCCUGGGGGAAAUGGCGGAGAAAGAUACCUACCCGGACCUUUUAAAAAGUCUUGACCAAUCCACCUCGUUCGCGUUUCCAAUCGUGGGGCUCGCAGGCACGAAUAAAUAUAAGUCUCAGUUUGGUUUUAUUCCCGCUGUCGAAGCUCCUGGCAUGAUAGUCAUGGUUAAGAAGAAAUCAGCGGAGAGUAUAACUUUGACUGUGUUGUGGUCUGUGUUUGGAAUUUGGCCUAUACUGCUGAUUAAUGUAGUGCUGGCUCUUAUCGCUGGGAUCGUAAUGUGGAUGUUGGUAGGUAGAGAGAUUAUUCGUUUAUUGAGAGAGUUAUUUAAUAGUAUUAUUAGUCUGAUAAUUAGUUAAUUAGUUAGCUACUAGCUGGUUAGUUAGUUAGUUAGUUAGUUAGUUAGUUAGUUAGUUAGUUAGUUAGUUAGUUAGUUAGUAGUUAGUUAGUUAGUUAGUUAGUUAGUUAGUUAGUUAGUUAGUUAGUUAGUUAGUUAGUUAGUUAGUUAAUAAUCAUCGUAACUCAUGAUUUAUGUUUAAAUGAAAGGACUCCAGUUCAAACGGAGAUAUUUUUCCAAGAACAUGUAUCCGUGGCUUUGCGGAGGGAUUUUGGUGGGCCUUUAUCUCCAUGACAACUGUGGGGUAAGUACACUAUUACUUAAAAAAAACCCAAUCCAUUCUCACAUUCAUACUUCUGGUAUCAGCCGUCUGGAAAAUUUGCGCAAUUAUUCCCCUUGCAAAUUGAGUUUUUUUCACUGGAGGGUGAGCGCGAAACAAUUUAAUCUUUGCAACUUCAUCGCAAGAGUCAUGAUGGACAAUCGUUGCAACUCAUCGUUCCAUUGUGAAAUAGAGAAAAAAGACAAAGUGUUACAGUGGUUGAUGUGUGCGCCUUUCACUUCUGUGACUUGGGUUCAAUUCCUGCAAGAUGCAGUUGUCUCAGUAUUAUUUCUCUUCAUCGUAUGUGAGGGCAAUACUUCCAGUUUGACUCUACCAAGCACUGCAGGUUUUCGCAGGGUAUUCCUGUUGUAAAACUAGACAAAAAGUGAUAGACUUUAUCUGACCUCCAGCGGGAAUAGUUUGGUACUUUUAGUGCAUGGACCCAUGGUCCUGACUGGACGUCUAAGGAGAACAGUUUGGAACUGAUUAAGCAGAAUAUUUUUCGAAAGUCAUGAUUAGCGUAUUACUUACAAUGUCUUAUUUGUCGUAGAUAUGGCGACACUACAGCGAAAUCAAUUCCUGCCAGGAUAUUUGCUGUAAUCUGGAUAUUAACUGGUCUCUGUCUGUAUUCAAUUCUUAUUGGUGAUUUAUCGUCUGCUUUGUCUGCCACUGUUUCCGUCUCAAAAACUGUUCUGUAUGGAGCAAAGGUACUGAAAUAGAACUUACUUUAUUUAUACUGAGUAGCUCUACAAGAUCUAAACUGUUCUCCCAAUACAAGCCCGCUCAAGGUUAACCUUGCUGUUUUCAGUGUUACUGCAGUAACACUGCCGAGACCCAAACUAAACUGACUUUAUUUAUACUGGAAAGCUCUGUCAGUGCUAAACCUUUAUCAGAAGCCAGGUCGCGGAGAUGAAAGAAAGAUGCACUAACCAAUUACGUGAACUUUCUUUUUAGGUCGCUGUUUUGAUUAAUUCUACAGAAGAGUCGGUUGCUAUACAGCAAGAUGCGAAAAUAGUUGGAGGUAUGAAUUCUAUAUUGUACGAUAAAGCAGGGAUGAGUGGGGUGUACCAUAAUUAACCAUAGUUAAUAGAAAUAAUGGCUAAGCUGAAUUACGAAGGAAGCAGCUCAACCUGAUCGAGUCGAAGGAUCUCUAGAUCUCGCCUCUGGCAGCCACCUUAUGUCUUGUCACGGAGCACAGUUACGAUGGGGCUAUAGGGGCUAAUUAUCCCAACCCAGAAACUGGAGCAACCGGAGAAAACCCGUGAGUUUCGGUAGAGCGUUGACUCUUAUCAUGUUUAAGAGAAAGCCUUGUAAGACUUAGUGAACUUAAUAGACGCCAUAAUUUACGAAAUCAGGAAACGGAUCUAGCACUUCCAAAACCAAAAACUAAUUUUUUGAAGAGAAGCUUUAAAUAUAGUGCAUCAAUGCUGUGGAAUAAUCUUCCAUUAGAUGCAAAAAGAGCGACUUCGCUCAGUCAAUUUAAGCAUAGUAUUGCGGAACUGUCCUUUUAGAACCAUGUUGACUUAAUUAUAGUUAACUCUCUUUAUUUACUUGACUUGACUUUAUUUUUCUCAAUUUGUUGUUGGGGGGAGGUUGGGGGGGGUUCAUAUAAUAUUCCAUAUAUUCUACUGUUUUAUAUAUCACGCCCCUCCUGUAAAUCAGCUUUUAGUUGUGCGAGGCUAGCGUGUUUUUGAUUUUAAAUAAAAAUUGAUUGAUUGAUUGAAGUGUCAUGAGUACAUGAGUGUCAUGGGUCCGCAGCAAGAAUCGAGCCCACGAUCUCAGGGAAAAGGAAAAGGUUAAAAAUUGCAACUGGCCUUGACCAAAAAAUGUUGGCUAACAAUCUAAUGUGGCAACAUCCUUUAUUCCAGGUCCGUAUUACACACUGGAUGAAAUUCAAAAAGCUCUGCUCAGUGGCAAGGUUGACGCAGCUAUCAUUGAUAUUUACGCAGCCGGACUCACAAAGAAACUGUGGAACCACACUGAUCUACGUAUGUCACAAAUGCUGGACUAUUCUGCUCCCUAUGGUAUCGUAAUUUCAGGCGGAACUGAUGGUAUACAGCGAUGUUUUGAAAACUAUGUUAAAAAUAAUCGAAUCAAAACUCUAGAGCUCGUGAUUAACUAUACGACAACUUUAAAGGUGUGUUGGUUUAUAUCCACAAACUAAGGCUGCGUUGACACUAUACCUGGGGCCGGUUGUAUAAAAACGUAAUUAGCGCUAACUGUAGUUAGCGUUAAUCACUGUAGUUAAAUCCUUAACUGUAAUUAGUUAAUUACAUGACUUAACUGCGUUGCACAAAACGUAGUUAGUCGGAUAGUUAACUAACACGUAGUUAACUGUGCGUGGGGCUUGCGUAGGGUGUUUAAACAGAAAAUUACAUAAAGUAAGCAGCGAGUAACGACCGCUGACACACAUUUUCAACACGAUUGUGGACUCGUAUUUUGCAAAUAGGCGGGAAUUUUAUUCAAAACACUAGAAAACAGUGAAAACUAAACAAAAAAUAAAGAAAAACCGCCACAAAAAUCAUAAAAGAAUGCAGUUUUUCCUUGAGAUGUCUACGUUAAACCAAGGUAUAGCUGUUUGGCAAUUAUAUAUCAGUGUUUCUUGGUGUAAUGGACCAUACUUCGUCUUCGAGAAAUUCUCCUGUGCAAAAAUAUGUUCUGUUUUCGUAAAAAUACCAAAGCAUAGCAUUUGAAGAGUUUAUAUUGUCAGGAAACAUUCACAGGAAAGAUAGCGAUUGAAAAUCUCAGGUAAGCGUUGCUUUUCAUUAUUGUUUUACUGAAAAAUGUUGUUCACUCCUAUACAAACGCCAUUUUUAACUACGUUUUGGACAGUUAACUAUACCCUAUAGCUAAAGCAUAGUUAACUUUAACUACUUUUUAACUGCAGUUAAGGCUAACUACACUUUUAUACAACCGGCUUAACUACGUGAUUAAAGUUAACCACUCAGUUAACUAUACCCUAUAGCUAAAGCAUAGUUAACGUUUAACUACUUUUUAACUGCAGUUAAGGCUAACUACACUUUUAUACAACCGGCUGUUGGAUUUUCCGGAUUUGUUCGGAUUUUUUCCGGAUUUUUUGAAGAAGCUUACGGGAUUUUUGGAUUUUUAAAAAUCCGCGGAUUUUUUAGCGGAUUUUUGAAGAGAAAAUCUGUUGGAUUUUCCGGAUUUGUUCGGAUUUUUUCCGGAUUUUUUGACGAAGUGUACGGGAUUUUUGGAGUGAAAUGCCCCUCGCAACUUUCAGAAGUUGGAUGAAACAACAUCUCUCCGUUGCAAUAAUUCCUCUGAAAAUAGCGUUCCUAAAAGGUACAGAUAGAUGGUUUUUUCACGUCGCUACGGAAAGCUAUCCCGUGACAGUGUAAACGUAGCCUUUAUCACUCAAUUCUUUAUUUUACAGUGUUUCUCUGACUUUAUCAGACUGUGGCAUGUAUGAAAUUAUUUUCUCAUUGUGUAGGUUGACCACCGUCUGUUGCAGGAUAGUACUUAGUAGAGGUGUGCAAAUCCGAUCCGAUCGGAUUCGUUCGGAUUUCGGAACAAAAAUAUACAUAUCAGAUCGGAUUGAUAAAGUUGUUUCGUAGUCGGAUCGGACUUCGAUAUUCGAAAUAGAUGAAUUAAUUAUCCACGCAUUAUCGCAAGAAUUAAUUAUCCAUGCAUUUAUCAAAGCAUUAACGCGGUUGUCGCUGCAUUAUUCGUUUAAUACUUCAAUUGGACGUCACUCUUUGUCAGCUUCUUGACAUGUAUUUCUUGCUUUUUUAUUUAUUUGGUUAAAUAUUUCAACUUGAGUGAGAAAUUUAUUUUAUUAAAGGAUUCAUCCGAUCGGAAUUUUUUAUCAAAGACAAAGCUGGGAUCGGAUGGUUUCCAUAUGGUCGUAACGGUCGUAAAAAUAGACUCGCGAUCUUUCUCAACGGCCAGUUUAUAAUAGCUUAUACCUGUAAACCACAUAUAAAUCAUAAGUAUUCUCUAGUUCUAAUCACUCCGCGUAUUUUCAGUUCUAAAAUGUUGUAUUUCGGCUGAUGAGAAAGAUCGUGACUCAAUCUUUACGACCGUUACGACCAUAUGGAAACCACGUUUAGGAAAGACCCCAAUGACCUCCAUAGUUUUUUUAUGGUAGCUAUAUUUUUAUGCCACUUAAUAUUUCAACUCCAUUACAGGGAAUAAAGAACGAGGAAGCAUUAGAAUAUGCUCAGGAUUUGAUUGACGGAGAAUCCACAAUGUUUCGUCAGACAUUAUUCAUAUUGUGUAUAGGUUAUGGAGUUUUAUUUCUACUUGGUGUGAUUUGGCACUUUACUUGUCGAACACGGCGCUCGACUAGUAUGAAGAAAGGUAAAUAUUCACUGGCCAGGUUUCGUUUUCUCCCGGGUUUGUGUGUGUCUCUGUGUUUGUCUGUUAUAACUCAAAACAAAAAUCUAAUGAGUAAUGGUAAUGGGGUAAUGGUAAUAUUUUAGUUCAAUAGUUGGACGAAAACUGAAUGAGAAAUUGGGCAAAAUUUGACUUGCUCUAAUUUUAGCCCAUUGUAUAAUUUAUGCAUCAUACUUAAUUCGCUGGCGGAGGUUUGUGGUCUAAUAUUUUAUUCAUUUCUAAGGAUCUACCAUGGGUCUGAAUAAUAGUGUCGUUUAAGUUUGUGUGAAUAAAGAUUCAAACUAAAUCAACUCAGGGUCGAUUUUCAAGACGAUUGUCAAAUACGUCUUCAUAUAAAAUUUUGUUUUUCUUUAGACAACUCCGUUCAUCCUGAAAGGACGCCUGACGACGACGAAAUACUAAGAGAACUAAAAACUUCUUGUCUGAGUAUAUCACAUCGUCUUAAAACAAUAAAAAGACGACAUCGGGAAGAAAUUCGAAGAUUAGUUUUAACAAAGAGGACAUAGACUCUUGGUUUGGGGACAGGCAUGCAGGGAGGGGGGGAGGGGGGGCAGGUCGGUCCCAUUUCCAAGCCAAAUCAUGUCUGAAUUACCUGACCCACUGAUGAAAUAGAUCAAUCAAAAGUAUGUUAUCAAUAAAAGUAUAUGUAAAAUAUAAAGUUUUGUUCAAAAGAGGCUAAACACGUCAUUCACAUUCACACAUCCAACAUCAUUCACCAUUGUUGAUUCAACACUCGUGUGUGUUGGGGGUAAUGUUGGCUGGUGUUGAAUUGGGUUUGACUUGGUUGAAAAUUUUCACCCAACAUUAUCCAACAUAUAGUUGCACGUCGAACAAUUCUGGACGAUGCUGGACUCGCUAACGGGGCUUACUGUUAGGGUAAAGGAUAGCUAAAAGCAACUUUAUGGAGCCAUCCUUGAAGUUUAAUUAUCAAAUUAUCAGACAAAUAAAUUAAUAAUAUAGUCAUAUACUGACACAAUGAUAGGCAGAUAUAAUUUAGAAAUUUAAUUAACCCUAUUAAAUAAGAUGGUUCUACACGUAUGAUAAUUACAUCAGUUUUCUAUCAGUUUAAUACAACUUCAUCCUAAAGCCUGUUUUCUCCUUCAACCGUAUCAUAACACAUUGAAGAAUUUUUGUUUGUAUCGAAGUUAUUGAUUCCACUCGCUGGAAACAGUGAAAUACGCUACGUUUCGCUACGAUACGUUUGAAGUGGAAAACACGAAGGCUUGAUUCACUAAUUUUCAGAGAACAUAUUAAAUAUUUUACUAACAAAUAAUUUGGUUAUCUUGUACAGAAAUACAUUUUAAAAUGUUCACAUCUUAAUUUGAUUCUAUUAAAUAGCAAUUCAUAAUAUACCAGACUCCUACAGAAAUGCAUACAUGCAACUUCUGGUUUACAGGAAAACAAAAACAAAACGACAUCAGAGCGGGACGUUUCGAUCAUGUUGUCACUAUAUAUUCGGCACUUACUGUACGCCGCAGUGCCACCGUAGCAAACAUGUGCUGGUCUAAAACUUGACCGAACCGACAAUCUCCAAGCCAGGCCGAAUUCGAAACGGGAAUGAAUGUAUUAAGUAGGGUCGAAGAAGCAUUGUGUACAGCGAGGGAGUCUAUCCGGCCCUGGUUUUGCUGGGGCAGUGCGCCACGCUGUUGGUGCGGCGAGGAAUCGAACCUGGGACCUCUCAAUCUGGCAUGAAAUCUAGAACGACACUCAUCAUAGACAAUUGCAGAUAAGAGUCAUAAGACUAUACAACAUUGAUUGUAAAUUUCAUUUUCGAAAUACUCAAAAAAAUUUCUGUCGCUGUUUUGUGUAAACAUGAUGUGAAUUUCGUCCCGCUCUGAUUUUAUCCCGGUCUCAUAUACUCUCGAUAAAACUGACUAAAACGUUCAAACCGUUAGCAAUCUCGUCGACGUAGGAUUAGUCAUCCUUGGUGUCCUAACUCGUCGCCUUAAAACCCCCACAAAACGGCGUACCACAUACAUAAUUGGACACCGACAAACAUAGAGCAUCAUCACCAUCAACACCACCAUCAGUAUCCAAUCAGAAAUAAAAUCCAUCCUCAUUUUCUCAUUUUUCCACGAGUUGAGCUCGUCCAUAUACAGAAAUUGAUUUCUUGAAUUUUUUGGCAGCUCAAACUGUGACGGCGUCGGGAAUACAGAUUCGUAGAAAUCCACCAAAAUCCCCUUCACUACUGAGGCGUUGACCUUCUCGUGGUCGAUAUUAUCAUUCAAGCAUAUAAACUUUUUCUUGUUUUUUCUGAUUCCGUCCAGUUGCUUCAGGACAUGUGUAGCGUUAUUUUUUAUCAUCUUAAAAACGAUAUCUUCUUCGCCGACAAUUUCGUGCUUAAAUUUGCUCUCUUUUUUCUUCGUGUUAUUGAGCUGUUUCAUGAUUGGUUCGCAAUGUUGGAGUAAGGUCUCAGUGAUCGGAGGUAAGUCGUAGCCAUAUUGACGCUCGGAAGGAGGUCGAGCGCUACUCGUAGAGUUGUCAAGGAUACGAGAGCAAUUCCGUAGCUGUUCAAGGAAUUUCUUUAUCGUGUCCGAUUUGAGAGGAAUUUCGUUGAAUUUUGUCAGAAGGGUUCGCAGUUCACGAUCGGAAAGGGUUCC